CUGAGCAGCCCCAAUGAGCCGUGUGCAUGGACGACGAGUGUACAGCAGCGCGGCGACCGCAACAAAACUCGCCAUCGCCGCCUCGCACGUGAAGAACUUUCCCCCAAAGGAGGCCAUCGUCCCCAUCGCACAACCGCGCUCAAAGUCGGCGCGCUCGAGCAAGUCCCCGCGCAUUCCAAACACGAACGCCGCCUUCCCCGGCUCCUUCUUCAACGCAGCGGAAUGGGCUUCUCUCCAGCCACCGCCGUCCACCGCCGUCUCCGCUUUUGCGCACAGAACCGGUCUCGCCGACAUUCUCCCCGCCGACACGCUCGAGACCACACUCCGCACGGCCUGCACCCACUCCUCCUUCCUCAGCCUCCAUAGCAGGUACUACCCCACCAGCCCAGCACCGGUCCACAAUGCGAACCUCUCUACCCUUGGGAACACACUCCUGGGUCUCUUCGCGAGCGAGUACAUACACGCGAGCUACCCCCACCUCCCCCUUCGCGUUCUGAAGGCCUCAGUCAGCGCAUAUGUCGGCCCGCUGACCUGUGCAAGCAUAGCACAGGAGAUGGGUGCCGUUUCUCUCCUCCGGUGGUAUCGACGGUCAAACACGCCAAAUGCACCUGCCUUGCUCCAUUCCGACGCGCUUGCAUCUAUUCCAAGAGCACUGGUCGCCCUCAUUUUCACCCAUGGCUCAAUAGACGCCGCCCGCAAGUUUGCACACUCGUUCUUCCUCUCGCGUGAGGUCGACCUACGCGCCAUGAUCAAAUUCAGAAACCCGAAGCGUGCUCUCCUCGAGACUGUUGACAAGUUUGGACGUGAGCGUCCAAAAAGCAGACUACUGAAAGAAACCGGUCGUUUCUCCCAGUCGCCUGUCUUUGUCGUAGGCAUUUACUCGGGUCAGGACAAGCUAGGCGAAGGGUUUGGUAGCUCGCUGAAAAUGGCAGAGUAUCGCGCGGCAGAAGAUUCUCUGCAUAGACUCUACCUGACGUGCACGCCUCCGCACCUGCUUUCUCUUCCGUCUUCUACCCUCCCUACCUCCUUCCCCCGCUCGCUCGCUUCUCUUGCAUCCAACAUAUCUGCAGCCUCCUCGCAGCCACCAGCCUCUUCAGAAUUGACACCCGACCCCAACGCACCUGUGUUUGCCGAGGAAGACGCGUUCGAGGCCGCAUACGUGCCUGGACCGCUAGGCGAGCCCGAGGUCCUCUAUGCGAGCGGCGGCAAGAGCGGCGUGGUUAUGCCCAAGCGCAAGCCGGACGCGGGCUGGGACGGGGAUGUUCUUGAAGACGAGGUAUCCAGCCGACGGAGCGCAGAGGACGACGAGUCAUAGGGUAUUGACACUGUUUACUGCACCAUUGCUUGUGCUAGGCUCUGGCAAGAUGCAUCAGUCCUCUAAUCCGCUGUCUGACUUAGACACCAUUAUAAACGUAUAUACGCU